AGAAGCGCCGCUUUCCUUGGUUACAAAUAUGUCGGAUGAGGGUUAACUAUUACAACCCUCGCCUUUUGCUCGGUUGAUUUGAAAUAAACGUUAAGAAAGAAUGAUUAAAAUUGAAGAAAAUCAGGGUGGGGAAGAUUAGAUCAAGAUUUACAUACAGAUGUCAGCAAGAUCUGUGCGUAGCUCCCAUGGAAGACCAUUCACUACUGACAGGAGUCACCUAACUACAGCUGAGAUCAAGGAUCCUUCAAAGGUGUAUCCGCAAAUCAAGCAGAGAGGCUUCUAUUCUGAUGUGGUGACCAAUGAGUUUAAUGACAAUGAACCAGAGAGUAUUCUUACUGGACCUGAUAUGGUGCAGGGCACCUUAUGGGAAGUAGGCAAAGAACUUCACACACCAUUAGCCGGCACUUUUAGAGUUGAAGUCAAAGAUGUGGAAGAACAAGUCAGUCAACAAAACUAUGGACCAAGUACAGAGGAUCUUACAGUCUCUGACUUUGAUCCAGCAUCUUUCAAACCUAAAGUUCAGAUGACAUUCUUUACAAAACCUGGAAAUCAUCCCAGAAAAAUUGAGAUUGAAAGACGACGUCGGUUAUAUGAGAACUUUAAACUUGAGACACUAUUAGAAGAAAGAUAUUUAAAAACAGAACAUUUAAUGCCAAAGCAGCAGACAGAUGGUCUGGUUCUUUUGAACAGAGAUGAUUCCGAUCCUGCUCCAUUUCCUCCAUAUCUCUCUUUGGAUAUAUUUGAUGAUAAUGACUUUGAUUGCCGCACACCUGAAGAAUGGAUCAAACUUGGGGCACAGAAUGGCAUAAGAUACCCAGUACCUGGCUUGGCAUUGCUUCCCACAAAUGAAGAGGACAAAAAUAAGUCUCCCACAGAUCCAAGUAUUGUGUACAGUUGGUUUGACAUUGGUGUCCUGGAUUAUAAUGCUGACACAAAACUGUUCCUUGUUCAAUUGUGCAACAAAAAGGGACGUAUUGUGGACCAGGAAGGAAAAACUGUUAUCAAUGGUGGAAUCUUGGACAAUGGCCAGCGCAUGUCUCUUCCAGGACAGUGGUGGAUUCCAAGAAUCCGCAUAAUGUUCAGAGCAGAAGAUCCUCGAAUUUUUGCAGAUAGAUUGGCAGCAGCCUUCAGAUCAAGGAAAGUUUGUGAGGCUGAGCUUCGAUACAAUUUGUACAUAGACUGCAUGCCCAUGGAUGGAGUUGGAGAGCUAGAUCAAGCAUCACUGAAAAGAAUGAUUGAAUGGGCACACUCAGCUCCUGGCUUCAAAGGCAAAAACCUUGAAGACUACACUCAAGUGCUGGAAAAAGAAGUUAACAUUGAUUUCUGUAGAUCAAUGAACAGAAUUAUCUUUGAGAAAACUGUUGAAGAAGACCCCAUCACAUUUGCUUUUGUCUCAGUUCCUGAGAGCUAUGGGAAAGCAAUACCUAACACUGGCUGUUGUCCAGAUGUGCCAAAGUAUCCAUUUGAUGAGCAGUAUGAUGGCUUUGCCUUUAACUCUUUGCUGACACUACCAGAGAGCAUCCAAGCCAUGGGAAAAGUAAGGACAGAGUGCAACAGAGUGAGCUGUAUGAGUCUUUACCACAUACCAACAGCUAAGCCAAUGAGGCUGGAGGAGUUUGAGCAGACACAGUCACAGAUGACAACACAGGUUGGCUUAUCUCUAAGAGACACUUGGAUCACAGUUAUGCGUAACAACAUUCGAGGUGCAUUGCGAGAAGUUGGCAAAGGCUGGUUCAACAUUCACGAAACCAACUGGGAAGUCUACCAGAUCUCGAAGCUGAAGAAAUUUAUGGAAACUGUGAAGUUCAUCAUGCAGGAUUCUAUGCGUUUUCUGGUGCAGGACUCCCUGAUGAGUCUGACACAAAUGGUGGUAGAUGGUUGUACUUCUACCAUGGAGCUGAAUGAAGACUACAAUUGGGGAGAUGAUUUGAUCAAUAGCAAGUUCAAGCCUAGAAAGAAUGCACUAUUUCUAAUUGAUUUGGUCAUGGACAAGGAAGGUGUUCACUUCAGUACCAGUCUACCAAGCUUUGAAAACACUUUGAUCUCUCUGUUUGAUAAAGGCAUUCAAGCUACACAAAAUGUUCCGCAGCUUGAAAGGGAAAUUCUCAAAGAAAUAUUUUGGUCAGGCAUCCCAUUGCUUGAAUCAGUUGGUGAACAUGAACCACCAGUUGAAGAUCUGAGAAACACUAUCAGACGUUCUAUCCAGCAGUCGCUUGUGCCCUUGAAAGCUUAUGCUCGUGCUUAUGAGAAAUACUUAGAGCUUAUCAAUUUGGACAUAAACGCCUAUGUCAAAGCUUAUGAAUCUGCUGGACAUUCAGCUGAGGAAGUGAAAGCUGAAGUUGAGAUGCAUUUGAAAGAGAAGGAUAUACUGGAAGCCAUUGUGCCAAGCUCCAUCAUUAUUGGCCCAUUUUUUAUCAACACUGAAGGGACAAGACAAGCCUUGGGUAAAAAGAGAAAAGCCUUGAGCAAUGCUGUGUUGGAACUUUUAGCCAGGCAGUUGAGAAAACAAGCUGAUGAUGCAUGUGAAGAGUUUAAAAUGAUCAGCCGCAAACUUUAUGAAAAGCCAAAUUGUAUUGAGGAGUUGUCAGAAAUGAGAGAAUGGAUCAAAGGAAUCCCAGAGAAACUUAAGGAACACAGUGAAUUGAUAGAGAAAGCAAUGAGUGACUAUGAAUUGAUUGAAGAAUUCUAUUACAACCUUUCCACUGAUGACUUUGCUGCAAAAUGGACUACUAUUGGCUGGCCUCAUAAGAUUGAAGUUCAAAUGGAACAGACAUUGGUACAGUUAACUGAAGAUGAAGAACGUUUCCGUAAACUGCAACAGUCAGACCAGACCAGCUUUGAGGACAAACUUGAUGGACUUCAGAUGGCUGUGGCUGGUAUGGCAGGCUACACUGAGAUCAGCAGGGCUCAUGAAGUGGCCAAUGAAAUGAGACGUAUCAACAAACAACUUAAGGAAGCCCAACAGUAUGCUGUCAUCUACAACAACAGAGAAAGGCUUUUUGGCUUGCCUGUCACUAAUUAUGAUAAGCUGGCUAAGCUUGUUAAGGAUUUUGAGCCAUUUCGAAAUUUGUGGAUCACUGUGUCAGAUUGGCAGCGCUGGCAGGAAUCAUGGUUGAAUGACCCACUUACCGCCAUCAAUGCAGAAGAAGUGGAGAAAAAUGUGAAUGAGUCUUAUAAAACUAUGCACAAAAGUGUUAAAAUUUUCAAUGAGAUUCCAACUGUGCAAGAUGUGGCAUCUGAAAUCAAGACAAAGAUAGAAGACUUCCGACCAUACAUUCCACUUAUCCAAGGACUCAGAAAUCCUGGCAUGAGAAACAGACAUUGGGAGCAGCUGUCAGAAGAACUCAACAUGCCAGUCAGGCCCAAGAAAGAUUUAACCUUCCAGAAAUGUCUGGAGAUGAAGCUACAGGACCAUAUUGCUGUCAUUGCUAAAAUAGCAGAAGUAGCUGGGAAAGAAUACUCUAUUGAACAGGCUCUGGACAAAAUGGAAAAGGAGUGGGAACCUGUGUUGUUUGAGAUCAUGCCCUACAAGGAGACUGGAACUUACAUCCUGCGCAGCUCUGAAGAAACAUCCCAGCUCCUUGAUGAUCACAUCGUCAUGACUCAGAGCAUGUCAUUUUCACCCUUCAAGAAACCAUUUGAGGAGCGUAUUAGCAGCUGGGAGAGUAAACUUAGGACCACCCAGGAUGUGCUGGAUGAAUGGUUAAACUGUCAGCGAGCAUGGCUAUACCUUGAGCCAAUCUUUAGCUCUGAGGAUAUCAAUAGACAGUUACCUGUGGAGAGCAAACGUUAUCAGACAAUGGAAAGAAUAUGGAGACAGUUGAUGAAAGCUGCUAAAGAAAAUCCUCAGGUGAUCUCUCUUUGCCCUGACAAUAGACUGCUGGACAACUUGAAAGAGUGUAACAAACUAUUAGAACAAGUCCAGAAAGGACUUAGUGAAUAUUUGGAGACAAAGCGUAAUGCAUUCCCAAGAUUCUAUUUCCUGUCUGACGAUGAAUUGCUUGAGAUUUUGUCACAGACCAAAGACCCAACUGCUGUGCAACCACAUUUGAGGAAAUGCUUUGAGAAUAUUGCCAAGUUGCAAUUUGAGGAGGAUUUGAAGAUCACCAAGAUGUUCUCAGGUGAAGGUGAAAGUGUUGACUUCAGGGAGACCCUCUACCCAACUGGCAAUGUGGAGGACUGGAUGCUUGAGAUUGAGAGGGUUAUGAAGGAGUCUCUACGCAUGAUUAUCAAAGACUCACUUAAAAACUAUAAGGAGAUACCUCGAACACAAUGGGUAUUAAACUGGCCUGGACAAGUUGUUAUAGCUGGUUGCCAAACUUACUGGAGCAGUGAAGUCACAUCAGAACUAGAGAAAGGAACAUUGAAAGAACAUUUUAAGCUGGUCCUCUCUCAGCUAGAUGACCUCAGAGGACUUGUGAGACAGGACAUUUCUAGGAUUGGCCGUAUGACUCUCUCAGCUUUGAUUGUGAUUGAAGUACAUGCCAGAGAUGUUGUGGCCAAGAUGGUGGAGGAGGAUGUUAACAGUGCCAAUGCUUUUGAAUGGAUCAGUCAACUAAGAUAUUACUGGCUAGAAGAUGAUAAUUUGUACCAAAGGGCUGUUAAUGCUCAGUUUCCAUAUGGUUAUGAGUAUCUUGGUAACACUGGACGUUUAGUCAUCACACCAUUGACAGACAGGUGUUAUCUGACCCUGACUGGUGCCCUACACUUGAAGUUUGGUGGUGCACCUGCUGGUCCUGCUGGAACUGGAAAAACAGAAACAACAAAGGAUUUGGCAAAAGCCUUUGCCAUACAAUGUGUAGUUUUUAACUGCUCAGAUCAACUUGAUUUUAUGGCUAUGGGUAAAUUCUUCAAAGGACUUGCCAGUGCUGGAGCCUGGGCAUGUUUUGAUGAAUUCAACAGAAUUGACAUUGAAGUCUUGUCUGUAGUGGCUCAACAGAUCACAACUAUUCAGAAAGCUCAAGCAGACAGACUUGACCGUUUUAUUUUUGAAGGGGUUGAAUUGGUGUUGAAACCUUCUUGUGCUGUUUUUAUUACAAUGAACCCUGGCUAUGCUGGCAGAACUGAAUUGCCAGAUAAUCUAAAAGCGUUGUUCAGACCUGUUGCCAUGAUGGUGCCAGACUAUGCCCUUAUAGCAGAAAUCUCACUUUUUUCUUUUGGAUUCUCCAAUGCUAAAGCUUUGUCACAGAAAAUUGUCACCACCUUUAAACUGUCCUCAGAACAACUCAGUUCACAGGAUCAUUAUGAUUUUGGCAUGAGAGCAGUCAAGUCAGUUAUAUCAGCAGCAGGAAAUCUGAAGAGAAUGUAUCCAGAUAUGGAAGAGGAAUUAAUAGCCCUGAGAGCCAUCAGAGAUGUCAAUGUUCCUAAAUUUUUGGUGGAUGAUCUCAAGUUGUUCAGUGGCAUUGUGUCAGAUCUUUUCCCUAAUAUCAAAGAAGAACCUAUAGACUAUGGAGAAAUGGAAACCACUUUAAGAAAAUCAUGCAUUAAGAGUGGACUUAAGGAUGUUGAUGGUUUUAUCAACAAGUGCAUUCAACUAUUUGAAACUACAGUAGUUCGUCAUGGUCUGAUGUUGGUUGGACCUACAUGCUCUGGAAAAACAAAGUGUUAUGAGAUGCUUCAGAAAGCACAAACAACCUUGAAAGGACGUCCAUCCCCUGCUAUGGCUGACUUUCAGACCACUCAUGCCUAUGUUUUAAAUCCAAAGUCAAUAACCAUGGGCCAGCUGUAUGGUGAAUUUGACCUUUUGACCCAUGAGUGGACUGAUGGCAUACUCUCAACUCUAAUUCGUCUGGGUGCCUCAGCAAGAGAUGAGGACAAGAGAUGGUUUAUAUUUGAUGGUCCUGUGGAUGCUGUGUGGAUAGAGAACAUGAACACUGUGCUGGAUGACAACAAAAAACUUUGUCUCAGCAGUGGAGAAAUUAUCAAGCUGACAGAGGCAAUGACCAUGAUGUUUGAAGUGGCUGACCUAGCAGUAGCCUCCCCUGCCACUGUUAGCCGGUGUGGUAUGGUCUACCUUGAGCCAACAUACAUUGGAUUAGAUCCCUUUGUUGAGUGCUGGCUGAAGAAAGUGCCUGAACAAAUCUAUCAGUACAAAGAGAAAUUUGAGGAGCUCUUUAAUUUCUUCAUGAAACCUGCCAUUAAUUUCUUGCGCAAAGAAUUGAAGGAAAUAGUGCCAACUGUAGAUGGUGCUUUGGUAUUUUCUCUUCUGAAAUUACUGGAGUGCUUUUUUGAACCUUUCAUACCAAAAGAGAAUAACUUGGGGUAUCGCAAAGUGGGAGAGCAACCAAUCCCUGAAUCACGUUUGGCUAGAGUUACAGAACUGAUUGAGCCAUGGUUUAUAUUCUCACUUGUGUGGUCUAUUGGUGCUACUUGUGACAAUGACAGCAGAAAGAAAUUCUCCAUCUGGCUCAGGGAAAAAAUGAAAGAAGCAAAUAUUCAGUUAAUGUUUCCUGACUCUGGCCUGGUUUAUGACUAUACAUUAGAUGAUGCUGAUAUUUGCAGUACUGAUGUUUCUAAUCUGGAUGAAGAAGAGGAAGAUUUAAAAAAGAAAAAGGUUCACUGGAAAAAUUGGAUGACAACAAUGGGGGAGUUCUCCAUAGCUCCAGAGACUAAAUACUCUGAUAUUAUAGUACCCACUAUUGACACAGUUCGUAGUGCCAAGAUUUUGGAAAUGUUGAUUAGCAAUAAAAAAACAGUUUUGUGUGUUGGUCCCACUGGUACAGGCAAGACACUCACUAUUGCUGAUAAACUGUCACGCAGCAUGCCAAAAGAAUAUGUCCCAGAAUUCAUUAUUUUUUCAGCCAAGACAAGUGCCAAUCAAACUCAGGAUUUGGUGGAUGGUAAACUUGACAAGAGGCGUAAAGGUGUUUUUGGUCCUCCUCUGGGCAAAUAUUUUGUAUUUUUUAUUGAUGAUCUAAAUAUGCCAGCUCUGGAAGUGUAUGGAGCCCAGCCUCCAAUAGAACUCAUCAGACAAUACAUGGACUUUAAAGGAUGGUAUGACAGGAAGGCCAUUGGUGAAUUCCGAAAUCUGGUUGAUGUAAACUUUGUGUGUGCCAUGGGUCCUCCUGGAGGUGGUCGUAACCCUGUGACAGCUCGUCUCCUGAGACAUUUCAACUAUUUGGCCUUCACAGAAAUGGAGGAUGACAGCAAAGCCAGAAUAUUUAAAUCUAUUCUUGAUUCUUGGAUGACGACUAUGCCCUCUGUAGCUGACUAUAGUAAACAGAUGGUGGACACUUGUAUUUCUAUGUACAACAACAUACAGACUCAGCUCUUGCCAACUCCAGCUAAAUCACAUUAUACAUUCAAUCUUAGAGAUUUGUCCAAAGUGUUUCAGGGUAUGCUCAUGUGUCAUGCAGAGAGUAUAAAGGGUCUCAAUGAUUUGCUGAAACUUUGGUACCAUGAAAGCUGUCGUGUCUUUCAAGAUCGUCUGGUCAAUGAUGAAGAUCGCAAUUGGUUUGAGAACCUACUGAAGGAGAAGAUGGAACAAGAUUUUCAGACUAAGUUUGAUGAUGUCAUUGUGCAGAAACCAGUGAUCUUUGGUGACUUCAUGAAUGCAAAUAUGGACCCAAGGCCAUACAAUUUUAUUGAAGAUCAUAAUAAGCUUGUUAAAGUAAUUGAGGAAUUUCUGGAAGACUACAAUCAGGUAAACACGGCUCAAAUGAGACUCGUCUUGUUCAUGGAUGCUGUCACUCAUGUCAGUCGCAUUGCCAGGAUCAUCAGACAACCAUUGGGCAAUGCUCUUCUUCUAGGCAUGGGAGGCAGUGGUCGACAAAGCUUGACAAGACUAGCAGGGCACAUGACUGAAUAUGACUGUUUUCAAAUUGAAUUGUCCAAAAAUUAUGGCAUAGCUGAGUGGAGAGAAGACUUGAGAAAAGUGAUGAUGAAAGCUGGACUGGAGAACAAGCCUGUAGUCUUUUUAUUUAGUGACACACAGAUCAAAAAUGAAUCUUUCUUGGAAGACAUCAAUAAUAUCCUCAAUGCUGGUGAUGUUCCAAAUAUUUAUGGUUUUGAUGAGCUAGAAAAGAUCUACACUGACAUGAAACCUAUGGUUCAAGAUAUGGGACUGCAACCAACUAAAACCAAUUUGUUCUCUGCCUACACCAAAUGUGUACGAAAUAAUUUACACACUGUACUGGCAAUGAGCCCACUGGGUGAGAUAUUCCGCGCUCGACUUCGACAGUUCCCAGCUUUAGUCAAUUGUUGCACUAUAGACUGGUUUAGCCAAUGGCCUGCUGAUGCUCUGAAAUCUGUGGCCAUGAGAUUUCUAAGUGAUAUCCCUGACCUUGACACGACAGAAACUGUCAUGGAGGGACUGGUGUCAAUGUGCCAGGUCAUUCAUGAGUCAGUCACAGUGAACUCUGCCAAGUUCCUGGCAGAGAUGUCACGUCAUAAUUAUGUCACUCCAACAAGCUACCUGGAGCUGUUAGGAAUAUUUUCCAAACUAGUAGGCAUGAAGAAAAUGGAGUUGACAACAGCCAGAAAAAGACUCAAGACUGGUUUAGACAAACUGCUGACAACAGCUGAUGAAGUUGGUAAACUACAAGAAGAGUUGGCAACUAUGAGACCUUUGCUGGAGGAAGCUGUAAAAGAAUCAAUAACUACCAUGGAGAAAAUUUCAAAAGAUACAAAAAUAGCAGAAGAGACCAAAGCAGUUGUUCAGAAAGAAGAGGAACAAGCUACAAAGAAAGCUAUUGAGACACAAGCAAUAGCAGAUGAUGCUCAGAGAGAUCUUAAUGAAGCCCUUCCAGCUCUAGAUGCUGCCUUGGCCAGUUUGAAAUCCUUGACCAGAGUGGAUGUAGUUGAGGUCAGAGCACUGCAGAGACCACCUGAUGGUGUCAGGCUUGUUAUUGAAGCUGUAUGCAUUAUGAAGGGAGUAAAAGCUAAGAAAGUUGCUGGUGAUAAACCUGGCACAAAAGUGGAAGACUUCUGGGAAGUUGGCAGAGCUCUACUUCAAGAUCCAACCAAAUUUUUAGAAAGUUUGUUCAAAUAUGACAAAGAUAAUAUUCCAGAUGAGGUUAUUAAAAAGAUUCAGCCAUAUAUUGAUGAUGAAUCAUUCACUCCUGCAGCUAUUGCUAAGGUUUCUAAAGCCUGUACCUCCAUAUGCCAGUGGGUCCGUGCUAUGCACAAGUAUCAUUUUGUUGCCAGGACUGUGGCCCCAAAGAGGGAGAAGCUAAGAAUAGCCCAGGAAGACCUGGCUGAAACACAGAGAGUGCUGGAUGCAGCCAAGUCUAGACUAAAGGAAGUGGAAGAAGGUCUAGCAACACUUCAGGCUAAGUAUGAUGACUGUGUGAGGAAGAAAGAUGAACUAGAGAACAAGUGCAAGGAAUGUGAAGCCAGAUUGAUUAGAGCAGACAAGCUGAUAGGAGGUCUAGCUGAUGAAAAGGACAGGUGGAAAAUUGCAGUUGGUAAUUUGGAGAAGAUCAUUGACAACAUUGUUGGUGAUGUGUUAGUGUCUUCAGCUUACAUUGCAUACCUAGGACCAUUUACUGGAGACUAUCGUAACAACAUGGUUAGCAACUGGGUGAUCAAGUUAGACGAGUGUCAUGUACCACGCACAGAGGAGCCAUCUCUAGUAGGCACCAUGAGUGACCCAGUCAAAAUACGCAGUUGGCAAAUAGCUGGUCUGCCUAAAGAUAACUUGUCUGUAGAGAAUGGUGUGAUUGUGCAGUUUUCACGCCGCUGGCCACUUUUCAUUGAUCCUCAGGGUCAAGCCAACCGAUGGGUUAAAAAUAUGGAAAAAGAUGCAGGCUUGGAUAUCAUAAAGCUCUCUGACAAAGACUUCCUUCGUAGUUUAGAAAAUGCAGUCAGAUUUGGAAAGCCAUGUCUUCUUGAGAACAUCAGCACUGAACUCGACCCAGCUCUUGAACCCAUUCUACUCAGACAGACAUUCAAACAACAAGGCAGCACUGUGAUCAAGCUGGGAGAUGCAGUGAUUCCAUAUCAUGAUGACUUCAAGUUUUACAUGACAACCAAGUUACCUAACCCACAUUACACACCAGAGGUCUCCACCAAGGUCACAUUGGUCAACUUUACAUUGUCACCCAGUGGCCUCGAGGAUCAACUGCUGGGCAUUGUAGUGGCUGAGGAGAGACCAGAUCUUGAAGAUGCCAAGAACCAGCUGAUUGUGAACAAUGCCAAAAUGAAACAAGAACUCAAGGAGAUAGAGGACCGCAUCCUUUUAAGACUGAGUUCUUCUGAGGGUAGCCCUGUAGAUGACAUUGACCUUAUUCAGACUCUGGAAGCAUCAAAAAUAAAAUCACAAGAAAUUACUGCUAAAGUACUAAUUGCUGAGCAGACAGAGAGAGACAUUGACCAGACCAGGUCCCAGUACAUUCCCGUGGCAGUGAACACCCAGAUCUUGUUCUUCUGUGUAGCCGAUAUGGCCAAUAUUGAUCCUAUGUACCAGUACUCCUUAGAGUGGUUCAUUACCAUUUUCUUGGGUGGCAUUUCCCAGGCAGAGAGAGCAGACAAUAUUCCUCAAAGGAUCAAGAACAUCAACAACUACUUCACUUACAGUCUCUACUCUAAUGUCUGCCGCAGCUUGUUUGAAAAGCACAAGUUACUCUUUGCCUUCCUUCUGUGUGUCCGCAUACAGACUCAUCAAGGGAUCAUUGACUUGAAUGAAUGGAGACUGUUACUUGCGGGUGGCACUGUGAAACCAAAAGAACUUCCCAACCCAGCCCCAGAGUGGAUCUCAGAAAGAUCCUGGAAUGAAAUUCUCACUUUGCCCUCACUUCCAAAGUUUGCACAUUUUGCUGAAGAUUUCAAGAACCACUUAUCUGGCUAUAAAACCAUUUUUGAUAGCGCUGAGCCACACAGAGAAGAGCUACCAGGAUCAUGGGCCCAGACACUGGAUAAAUUCCAGUCCAUACUGGUUUUGAAAGCUUUGCGUCCUGACAAAGUGACCAAUGCCAUGCAGGACUAUGUGGCUGCAAACAUGGGUCAGCGGUUCAUUGAGCCCCAAACAUCUGACCUUGGCCUAGUUUACAAGGACUCCUCUCCAACCACUCCCCUGGUCUUUGUUUUGUCCCAGGGAACUGACCCAGCUAAUGACUUGUACAAAUUUGCAGAAACCAUGAGAUUCUCAAAAAAACUUACUGCUAUCUCUCUUGGUCAGGGCCAGGGUCCUCGGGCUGAAGCUAUGAUGAGAUCAUCAAUGGAAAGAGGCAAGUGGGUUUUCUUUCAAAAUUGUCACCUGGCACCAAGCUUCAUGCCAAUGUUGGAGAGACUAGUCGAACAAAUAGAUCCAGACAAAGUUCACAGAGAUUUCAGACUGUGGCUGACUAGCAUGCCAAGUGAGAAGUUCCCAGUGUACAUCCUACAGAACAGCUCCAAGAUGACAGUUGAACCACCCAAAGGAAUCAAGGCCAACUUGUUGAGAUCUUAUAUGGGCUUCACUGAUGACUUCCUUAGCCAGUGUGGCAACAGGGUCUCAGAAUUUAAACAUUUGCUCCUGUCAUUGUGUCUGUUCCAUGGUGUUGUUAUUGAGAGAAGAAAGUUUGGGGCUCUAGGUUUCAACAUCCCUUAUGAGUUCACUGAUGGUGACCUACGUAUAUGUGUCAGCCAAUUGAAAAUGUUCCUGAUGGAAUAUGCAGAUAUACCAUUUAAGGUGCUAGUGUACACAGCUGGACACAUCAAUUAUGGUGGCCGAGUAACAGAUGACUGGGACAGACGAUGCCUGAUGAAUAUCUUGGGUGGAUUCUAUAAGCCAGAAGUUGUCCAGGAAGACUAUCAGUACUCUGAAUCUGGUAUAUACAAGCAGAUCAACCCUGAACAAGAACUUAGUGGUUAUUUAAGCUACAUCCGAAGUUUACCAAUUAAUGAUACACCAGAAAUAUUUGGUCUUCAUGCCAAUGCAAAUAUUACAUUUGCUCAAAAUGAAACUUUUAAUGUUUUGAGAGAUUUGAUCCAGCUUCAACCCAAGACUGCAGCGAGUGGAGGAAAGUCAAGGGAAGAGGUUAUGGAACAAACUGCUUUAGAGAUACUAGAACAGUUACCUAAACCUGUGAGCCUCGCAAAAGUCAUGGAGAAAUAUCCAGUAAUGUAUGAACAAUCAAUGAACACUGUGCUAGUUCAAGAAGUUAUAAGGUAUAAUCGACUUCUCAACACAAUCCACCAAUCAUUGAGAGACUUGCAGAAAGCCUUGAAGGGGCUUGUGGUUAUGUCACAACAACUUGAGGACAUGGCAAAAAGUUUGUUCAACAAUGCUGUACCUAGCAUGUGGGCAUCUAAGGCUUAUCCAUCUCUAAAACCACUGGCAUCAUGGGUAACAGAUUUAAUUGCCAGAAUGGCUUUUAUACAGCACUGGAUUGAUGAAGGCAUUCCUCCAGUAUUUUGGAUUUCUGGUUUCUUUUUCCCACAAGCUUUUCUGACAGGAACUUUGCAGAAUUUUGCAAGAAAGAAAGUUAUAUCUAUAGACACUAUAUCAUUUGGUUUUGAGGUUAUGGAAGAGAGUUACACUGAGCUGAAGACAGCUCCAGAAGAUGGAUGCUACAUCAGAGGGCUGUUUGUGGAAGGUGCACGAUGGGACAGUGGUCAAAGGCUGAUAGCUGAAUCAAGACCAAAAGAAUUGUUCACUGACAUGCCUGUCUUAUGGUUGAAACCUGUUUCAAACAGAAAGACAACCCUAUCUGGCAUAUAUGACUGUCCAGUCUACAAGACUCUGACAAGAGCAGGUACUUUGUCCACAACUGGUCACUCCACAAACUUUGUUUUCUCUGUUGAGAUUCCAUCAGACAAACCUCAGGAGCACUGGAUUAAAAGAGGUGUGGCCUUGCUGUGUGCUCUCAACUAUUAAAGCAGUUGUACCCCAUUUUGUGUUGUUGUUAAAUAAAUCAUUGAGAAUAACUUGCCCUUGUAUUCCAUUUAUUUAAAUAUGCAGAAAGUUUCUGUGAUAAGUCAGUUGGAUUCAUUUUGUAUAAGGAUUAAAAAAAAAUGUAUAAGGAUGUUAAAAGAAAACAUAAAUGUUUAGGACAUAUUUUUUUUUAUUUUUUUUACUGCUGCUUAAAAGUCAUUAUGAUAGAUGAUUAUACAAAACUUGUGCAGGCUGAAGCUGACAAGACUGAGCAUACAUUUUUUUGUUUGAUAAAUAUGUAGAAAUAAGAAUGAUUUUAAAGUAAUGCAGUGUUAUAUUUGUUUUGAACAUUUGAACUUUUUUUUUUUUUUAAAUUGAUUUUUAAAUCAUUGAAAAAUAAAUUGUUAUAGAGUUGCAUUAAAUAAAUAUAUAGACCACUACCUGAAAUGUCCUUUUACACAUUUGUUGACAUUAUUUUGUCCAAUCCUAAAUUGUUUGAUAUGUUUGUAAAAGAUUUUUUGUAAAAAUUAAUUAUCAUGUAAAUAAAAAAUAAAAUAGACAU